AUGGGUCUGCAGUCAAAGUUUUCUUUUGGAAUCCAGGAGAGCCAAACAAUGCUGGAGGUGAACACUGUGUUCACAACAACCUUGACACAAAUAAUACAUGGAAUGACCAUCAGUGCUCUAAUACAUCACCUUUUGUUUGUGCAUCUCGCAGAGUUUGUCCUUAAUGAACAAGGUUAUGUCUGAUUCAACUCACUGACUUUACACAUGUUGCUCUGUAGUUGUGCAUUAAGCCUGCAUUGAGAUACAAAUGCCAGUAAUAAUAAAUACAGCAUAAGUCUCACAAAUAAACUCACAAAAAUGGUCUGUUGUUAUAAGUCUUUUACAGAAUAGAUUUCAUUCUUGUAAUACAAGCUAUCAUAGAAGAUAUUGCAUCAACAGCACGGAUCAAAACUGAUCCCAAUAGAUCCCUAAGUAGUACUUAGUACGAAGGGCACAUUGGAUUGAAAGGUUCCUGACAUUUCUAUGGAACACAUAGGCAUGUUUAACUGCAACAUAUAGUUAUUGAAGAAGAGUGCAUCAAACUUCUUCUUUGAAUUUGUUUGAUUCUGUUGUUUUUAUGUUAGUCUUCUUGUCUUUCAUGUCUUUUCUAAUGCAGCAUUUUACUAUGUCAACAUUUGACUGAAAUUAAUAAAUUCUAGGUUUUUUAUUUGACAUCUCUAGGUGAGCUUGAGGUCAAUUUUGGGCUCAUGUUCAGAUAGUGUGUAGUUAUGUACAAAUAAAAAUGUUUGCCAAGUGAAUCCGACCAAUGAUGUCACACCAACAGUGCAGACACCCUCUCUGAAGCAUACAAAAGAAAGCAGGCUUUCAACUCUCCAACAACGCAGAUCACAUAUUGAAAAGCCUUGGACAGAGACUCUGACACCAACAUGCUCUUGUUCCUCUUCUUGUUUGGUCUGGCUCUGGGUGCUGUGUCUACUUCAGAUGACCAGCAGGUGAAUCUACAGCGUGGAAACUGUCCCACGUCCUGGUACAACUUUUACGGCCGCUGCUACAAGUACAUCACCACAAGAAUGACCUGGGCUGAUGCAGAGCUCCACUGUGUGUCUGAGGGGACAAACCUGGUGUCUAUCCACACUCUGGAUGAACAUAAUUUCAUCAAAUCCCUGGUCAAGAACUUUGAUCAUGCUCAGGGAUUUACCUGGAUUGGACUCAGCGACACCCAGAAAGAAGGAGGAUGGAUGUGGUCUGAUGGGUCUGCAGUCAAAUUUGUCUUGUGGGAUGCAGGACAGCCGGACAAUGCUGGAGCCACUGAACACUGUGGACACAUCAACAUUGGCACAGAUUUGAAAUGGAAUGACUAUCCGUGUUCUAAUGCAUUACCGUUUGUUUGUGGAUCUCGCUCAGUUUGUCCUUAGCAAACAAGAAGUUUAUAUCUGAUUCUACUCACUGACUUCCCACCUGUUACUGUGUAUCAGACUGCAUAAAGACACAAAUGUAUGAGUGUGCAGAAUGAAUCACAUAAAUAAACUCAUAUAAAAACUCAACAUGUAUGACAAAGUAGUAUGUCUUAUACACAUGUUUUAAAAUAUUUAAACAGAAGAAGAUAUUGCAUUAGCAACACAGUGAAAACUGGUCCCAGUAGAUCCCUUUUGACCGCUGGAUCAUACAUGCAUUGCUUUAGUAGUUGUAAUCAAUGUAUCACCAACAAGAUCAGAUCAGUAUCAUUUUAAAGCACAAUAUUUGUUAAGAGCCAGGCUACUUCAUUCUGGCAUUUAACAUAGAACUAAAUUACUGAAUAGCUCAUUGCUAACAGCAACACACGUGAAGAGUCAUAAAGCCUGCAAACUGACUGGUUGUUAUACAGCUAUAUUUACACACUGGUUGUUUUUAUUUUCAAGUUUUAUUGUGUCAACAUUUGACUGUAAUGAAUAAAUGAUACAUUUUUAUGUGACAUCUCCGGA